CACCUCAACUUUUGGCUGUCGGAGCACCCUUCCAUCGUCAAUUUCCAGUGGAGCCCGACCGAGUCGUGGGGCGCAAUGUGGUCGUUCCUCAUCGCCUCCAUCACGGCCUCCAUCGCCAUCUCGGCGAGCCUCAACGUCCUCCUCCGCCUCCGCCUGAAGCCGGUCUCACUGGGCCCUGUCCCGGCCCUCCACAGCCUCGCCAUAUCCCUCCUCUCGGCCACCAUCUUCGCCGGCAUGCUGGCCUCCUCCGUGGACGAAAUCCGGGACACCCGGUGGUUCUGGCAGCUCAACAAGACCCCCUUCCAGUGGCUCCUCUGCUUCCCUUUAGGCACCCGCCCCUCCGGCCGCGUCUUCUUCUGGUCCUACGCCUUUUACCUCUCCCGCUUCCUCCACAUCCUCCGCACCUUCUUCACCCUCCUCCGCCGCCCCGGGAGCUUCUCUGUUUUCCAAGUCAUCAACCACGCGGCCCUCGUCCUUAUGUCGUAUCUCUGGCUCGAAUUCUCGCAGUCGUUCCAGGUCCUUGCGAUCCUCUCGAUGACCGUGGCGUUCGCGUUGGUCUACGCCUUCCGGUUCUGCACCGAGGUCGGGUUGAAGCAAGAGACGAGGCGUUUCUCGUUCGUGAUGUUGUGCCGGAUUGCGCUGGUGGUGACCAACACGGCGUGGCAUGUCGGGCUGUUGGUACUGCAUUUUUGGAAGGGCGGAUGCAACGACAUGGGCGCCUGGCUUUUCAACACCGUGCUCAACAGCUUCGUGCUUCUGUUAAUCCUCAAUUUUUAUGUUAGGAAGUGUUUGAGCGAGCGAGAUCCAGGUUAUUGUUAG